AUUAGUCUAACGGACAACGGGGUUCGGACAGAGGAUUUCCAGGCCUCCACCGCUGAGAAGUGAAGAAACUCGGGUGUUCGUGUGUGUGCCACAUAAGUCAAAGGUUACUAACCCUCUCGGGACCCAGUGCUUCCCGUAUAUAAAGACGAUUGGAACUCAAAAUCGUCUUCAUUGUCAAAACAGAAACCAAUCAUGGCACCUCAAUUCACCCUCUACUCGCACCGCGGCCCCGGCCCCAAUCCGCUCAAGACGGCCCUCGUCCUGGAGAAGCUCGGCCUCACAUUCGAAGUCGUAGCCCUCGACUUCGGUGAUGACCCCGAGAAGGGCGUAAAGGGCGAGAAGUUCCUCAAGGUCAAUCCCAAUGGCCGUGUGCCAGCGCUGGUGGACCACAACAACAGCGACUUCUGCAUCUGGGAAUCGGGAGCCACGAUGGUGUACCUGGCAGAGAAGUACGACAAGACGGGCUCGAUCUACGGCAAAGAUGUAGAGGAGAAGGCCAUUGUCAUGCAAUGGCUGACGCAUCAGCUCAGCGGCCUCGGACCCGUCCAGGGCAAUGUCAACUUUGCCUACCACUACUGGGAGGGCGCUUACGGCGAGAAGGCGAGCAAGUCAGUCUUUACGCGCUUCGAGGGCGAGACGCACCGCCUUUACCAGAUCCUUGACGACCAGCUCGCUCGUCAGGCUCAGCGCGGAUCGCAGUGGAUUGCCCUCGAUCGCCCGACCUUGGCCGACUUCGCCUUCUACCCCUGGGUAAACAUCGCUGGAUUUGGCAAAAUCGACCUAAGCCCAUACAAGAACGUGAACAAGUGGCUCGACGCUCUCAAGAACGAUAAGCAGGUCCAAGCUGCUGACUCGAAGCUGCCAAAGUCUUAGUCCUGUCCACCUGCCCUAUGUAGUCUCAGACGUUCGUGCAAUUGGAUCACAUUCACGAAGAG